AUGGAAGUCGUAUAUGAUGAAAUAGAAAUUGAAGAUUUCACAUUUGAUCCAGUCACACAAUUAUUCCAAUAUCCAUGUCCAUGUGGAGAUAGAUUUGCAGUUACAUUGGAUGAUUUGAAAGACGGUGAAGAUAUUGCAGUGUGUCCUUCUUGUUCACUUAUGGUUAGGGUUAUUUUUGAACCUGAAGAUUUAGAUGAGUUUUGUUCAUAA